CUCUCAGGCAAGGCGACCCCUCCCACAGCCGUGCACAGCAGCAUGUAACCCGACCUGCAGGUGAACACUUUCUCCACUCACGCUGGCUGCAUCGUUUGCGGAGGGGAGGCUGAAGUUGCCUUAAGGAUUUUUGUUGUUGUUGUUGUUGUUUUAGGAUUCGCAUACGGGACGCGGUCCUGCAUCGCGUGCGGAUAUGAAGGCAGACGUGAAGAUGAUCUGAACAGGCAGCAGCGUGGGCGUAAAGUUUGCUAUCGGAGGCUUAUGAACCUGACAUGUGUACACCCAGUGAGACAGUAACCUGAGACCACAUUCUGAGGGAAUACCAGGAUGAGUCCCAUCGCCUCACAGCUUUUGGACAGGACCAGUGUUGGAGGCAGUCGUGGGAACCCUGCCUUUGCAGCUUUGCUGCUCUCCAUGUGGCUUGGCUUUCAUCCCUCUGUGGCCACUUGCCCACCCUACUGCCUUUGUGCCAGUGAUAUCAUUUCCUGCAGCGGGUGCAAUCUGUCUGCGCUGCCCUCUGAUCUCCCAAGCUAUGCCACACGGUUGGACCUGAGCCACAAUGUCCUUACUGACCUAUCCGUGGACUGGAUUUCCCGACCGUUCGGACGGCUUGCUACACUGGUUCUCAGCCAAAACUCCAUAAGCCAAAUUGAGGUUAACGUAUUCACUGUGACGCCACAUCUCCUCCACCUGGACCUCUCUUCCAACCGACUAACAGUCCUGAACUCAUCCAUCUUUACUGGGUUGAAGGAACUGAAAGAGCUGCUGCUGUUUGGAAACCAGAUCAUCCAGAUGAACCCAGGGGCCUUUAGAGAUCUUUACAGCCUGCAGAAGCUCUACCUUUCUGGGAACAGACUGACGGCUUUCCCCCUGGGGCUUUAUUGUGAACCUGAAGGGCCCCGUAAUCUGACCUUUCUAGAUCUGUCCUACAACAGGCUCUCCAAGGUGCCCGUCCAGAGCCUGCUAUCGCUCACCCAGCAAGGUGGAAUUUAUUUGCAGGAAAACCCUUUGGUCUGCAACUGUGCUUUACUUGCCUUGCAGGAGUACUGGAUGUGGAAACAGUAUCGCCCCCUGGUGGAAUUCAGAGGUGAAUACCCAUGUAGAGACAAUUCAGGACCAUGGUCUGAAUGUAGCCAGGAUGUAGUUUCAGAAAUGCCCCUUGAGGCACAGACUUACCAAGUAGAGCCUGGUAAAUGGCUAAGAGUGCCAUGCCCAGGGUUUGCCUCUCCAGCCCAGGAGGGCUUGGAUUGGUUCUGGGUUACCCCCAAGACUGUGUUGAAUUCAUCAACCAAUGAUCCAAGUGCCCACCUAAUAGUUUUCCCCAAUGGCACCCUUGAAAUCCAAGGAGCCCUGAUGGAAGAUUCUGGUACGUAUGGUUGUGUAGCUGCCCGUGGGCGCCACUAUGACCCCGACAAGUCUCCGGAAGUCAGCGUGGUGGUUGGAAACUUAACCAAGGCCUCCACUAGCAACUUGGCACACAGAAGCAGUGCAGAGCAUUUCAACACAGCAUUCACCACCCUGGCUUCCUGUGUGGUCAGCAUCAUACUGGUGCUGCUCUACCUCUACCUCACUCCCUGUCGCUGCCGGGAAAACCGGGGAUCGAGAGGGUGCGGUGGACGAGCCUUCAUCCUCUGUUCAGACCCCAGAGAGGUAGAGUCAGGACAACGACGGUCAAAUGGAAAAAGGGUGGCGUUCUUAGAGCCUCAAGCAGAGGACUCUGAUAUUGGUAGCCCAAAAACAUCAGCAAUGCAUUUGGGUCAUGUUACCACUGAGGGAAUUCUCAAGAAUGGAAGUAGAACAGUGGGUCAGAUGCUUUCAGACCCUGCUCAAAUGGCAUAGAAAGAAAUCAACCUUUUGCACAUUCCGGUAUUUUGUUUGUCUGAUCCAAGUGUUUUGUUUGUUUCACUGUAGUUAUGCAUUGUAGGGUUCUGGUGUUUAGUCUGAAGCAGAAAAUGCAGUCCUUUUGUAAGCAGAAUUUCAAAUAUGUCUUGAAUGUAAGUAAUGUCUGUUUUUAACAUUAAGAGUUCAUAUGGAAAUAUCAAUGU